CAAUCUGAGACAUCUGGUAGAAUUAAUCAGUCAAAUUUUCACAGAAUUCGAUGAAACUUGACAGCUGGAAGUUUUCGUAGUGCAUGAUGGGACAGAAAUAUUUUGUUUGGAAAAAUGGCUGCCCUGGACGCGCUGUGGGAGGAUAGAGACGUCAGAUUUGACGUUCCUCCGCAACAGAUGCGGAUGAGACCAGGGGAGAUUUUGAUUGAUCGACUGGAUUCUAUAGAAGAUACCAAAGGAAACAAUGGAGACAGAGGCCGACUGAUGGUGACCAAUCUAAGGAUGAUCUGGCACUCCCAGAGUUUACUCCGAGUCAAUCUGUCUGUUGGAUACAACACCAUCAUAACAAUAUCCACCAGAACAGCCAACUCUAAACUUCGAGGCCAGACAGAAGCUCUGUACAUCCUGACCAAAUGUAACAACACUCGCUUUGAGUUUAUCUUCACAAACCUGGUCCCAGGCAGUCCUCGUCUCUUCACUUCAGUCAUAGCAGUGCACAGGGCGUAUGAGACGUCUAAGAUGUACCGUGACCUGAAGCUGAGAGGAGCUCUGAUCCAGAACAAACAGCUGCGACUCCUGCCUCAGGAACAGGUCUUCAACAAGGUCAACGGGGUCUGGAACCUCUCCAGUGAUCAGGGGAACCUGGGAACAUUUUACAUCACCAACAUCAGGCUGGUGUGGCAUGCUAACAUGAAUGACAGCUUUAAUGUCAGUGUGCCGUACCUACAAAUGAGGUCGGUGAAGGUACGGGACUCCAAGUUUGGCCUGGCUCUAGUUCUGGAGACUUCUCAACAGAGUGGAGGGUAUGUCCUGGGUUUCCGUAUUGACCCGACAGAGAAGCUACAGGAAGUGGUAAAGGAGAUACAGAGCAUCCACAAAGUCUUCAGUGAGAACCCCAUCUUUGGGGUGGAGUUUGAACUGGAGGAAAAGCCCCAGCCCCUUGAGGAGGUUACCCAGGUUGUCCAGUUUGAUGACGUGGAAAUCGAGAAUGAGGGACAGACAGAUGCAUUUGCUGCCUACUUUGCAGAUGGAGAUAAGCAAAAAGACAGAGAGCCGGUGUACUCUGAGGAGCUGGGACUCGCCAUUGAGAAACUCAAGGACGGCUUCACUCUGUCUGGGUUAUGGGAGGUCAUGUGAUUCAGGAAAAAAAUAGGAAGAUCAUGUGACCUAGGAGGUCAUCUGACUCAGAAAAGAAAAGAAAAUGUAUAUCAAUUGUGACCUGGUAGGUCAUGUGACUCAGAAAAGCAAAAGAGCCUGGAAUAUCAUGUGACCCUGGAGGUCGUGUUUUGGUCAUGAAAAGUUUCAUCAGAGAAAUGUAAAUUUGAUAUGUACAAAUGAAAGUAUUUUUGUGUAGUUGUUUGUCCUUAGUGUGUUGUCCAUAUUAGUAGUGUUGUUUAUGAAUAACCUACUAUAGAGUGUUGAUGUUAGAGUGUUUUGUUUCCAUUUAAAAUAAAAACCAUGUGUGUCUGUGGAUGUAAAAAGAUUUGUUUGUAUUUGUAGGUCCAGGACAAGUCUCUUGUGGCUGCUAUAUGUAGGGAACUAAGAAUGUAUAUCUGAAAUUGGAAUUGUGAAUAAACUAUUCUGCACAUUGAA